GUCUCAGAGCUCCGCUGCCAUGGCGGCGACCAGAAGACGCCUCUCCAUGCUCCCGCUCCUCCUCCUCCUCCUCCUCCUCCUCCUCCUCCUCCUCGGCUUGGCAUCCGGCGACAAGAUCCUCUUCCAGGGGUUCAACUGGGAGUCGUGGCGGCAGAGCGGAGGGUGGUACAGCCUGCUGAUGGGGAAGGUUGACGACGUCGCCGCCGCCGGAGUCACCCACGUCUGGCUGCCGCCGCCGUCGCACUCCGUCUCCGCCCAAGGGUACAUGCCUGGGCGGCUGUAUGACCUGGACGCGUCGAGGUACGGCACGGCGGCGGAGCUGAAGUCGCUGAUCGCGGCGCUCCACGGCAAGGGGCUGCAGGUGAUCGCCGACGUGGUGAUCAACCACCGGUGCGCCGACUACCAGGACAGCCGCGGCAUCUACUGCGUCUUCGACGGCGGCACGCCGGACGGCCGCCUCGACUGGGGCCCCCACAUGAUCUGCCGCGAUGACGCCCAGUUCUCCGACGGCACCGGCAACCUCGACACCGGCGCCGACUUCCCCGCCGCCCCCGACAUCGACCACCUCAACGGCGUCGUCCGGCGCGAGCUCACAGACUGGCUCCUCUGGCUCAAGUCCGACGAGGUCGGCUUCGACGCGUGGCGGCUCGACUUCGCGAGGGGGUACUCGCCGGAGGUGGCCAGGGCGUACAUCGACGGCACGGCGCCGGUGGCGCUGGCGGUGGCGGAGGUGUGGGACCCGAUGGCGUACGGCGGCGACGGGAGGCCGGAGUACGGGCAGGACGCGCACCGGCAGGCGCUGGUGGACUGGGUGGACGGGGCGGCGUCGGCGGGGAUGGUGUUCGACUACACGACGAAGGGGAUCAUGAACGCGGCGGUGCAGGGGGAGCUGUGGCGGCUGAUCGACCCGCAGGGGAAGGCCCCCGGCGUGAUCGGGUGGUGGCCGGCGAAGGCCGUCACCUUCGUCGACAACCACGACACCGGCUCCACGCAGCAAGCGUGGCCAUUCCCCUCCGACAAGGUCAUGCAGGGCUACGCCUACAUCCUCACCCACCCCGGCACCCCAUGCAUCUUCUACGACCAUUUCUUCGACUGGGGUUUCAAGGAUGAGAUCACGGCGCUGGUGGCGGUGAGGCAGAGGAACGGCAUCACGGCGGUGAGCUCCCUCAAGAUCCUGCUGUAUGACGGCGACGCCUACGUCGCCGAGAUUGACGGCAAGGUGACCAUGAAGAUCGGCCCCCGCUACGACGUCUCCGGCUACAUCCCGCCGGGCUUCCAGCUCGCCGCGCACGGCAACGACUACGCCGUCUGGGAGAAGACCGCCGCCGCCGAUGCCUCGACUGAUCAGGCUAGCGGCUCAACCAGCUCAUCUCUCUGAUUGUUUGAUUCUUGAUGCAUGUCCCAGUGUACCACCUACUUGUGAUUUGUUUCCGCUGUACAUAUACUCUCUCCGUUUUAC